UACCCAUCAGCUGCCGGACCACCAUGUCCAAACCGAAGUUUCAGACGGAGUGGGAGGAAAUUGACGAGGAAUAUCAACAAUUACAGGAAACUCACAAAAUAUACAGACAGAAGUUAGAGGAGCUCACCAAUCUUCAGACGACAUGCAGCAGCGCCAUCAGUAAACAAAGAAAAUGCCUGAAAGACCUGAGGCACAGCUUGUCCAAGUGUGCACAAGCAUGUGAAGAGAAGGAGUUGGAACUAAUAACCGACAUCAAAACACAAAUCAAAGAUAAAGAAAAUGUCUUCUUUGAUAUGGAAGCAUAUUUGCCAAAGAAAAAUGGGCUCUACUUGAAUUUGGUCCUGGGCAACGUGAACGUAACGCUUCUCAGCAACCAGGCAAAGUUUGCCUACAAGGACGAGUACGAGAAGUUCAAGCUUUAUAUGACAAUAAUCCUGAUGUUCGGAGCAAUAACCUGCCUCUUCUUUCUCAACUGUCGAGUCACUGAUGAAAUCUUCAACUUUUUGCUGGUGUGGUACUACUGCACACUGACCAUAAGGGAAAGCAUCCUCAUGAGCAAUGGCUCCAGGAUCAAAGGCUGGUGGGUGUCUCACCAUUAUGUGUCCACCUUCCUCUCAGGUGUCAUGCUGACCUGGCCAGAGGGACCCAUGUACCAGAUGUUCAGGAGCCAGUUCCUCGCUUUCUCCAUCUAUCAAAGCUUUGUUCAGUUCCUGCAGUAUUACUACCAGAGCGGCUGCUUAUACCGGCUGCGAGCUUUGGGAGAGAGAAAUCAGCUGGACCUCACAGUGGAGGGCUUUCAGUCGUGGAUGUGGAGAGGACUCACUUUUCUGUUGCCUUUCCUCUUUUUUGGCCACUUCUGGCAGCUGUACAACUCAGUGACCCUGUUUCGCCUGGCGGGACACGAGGACUGUAAGGAGUGGCAGGUGUUCAUGCUGGCUCUGACGUUUCUCGUCCUGUUCCUGGGAAAUUUUCUCACCACGUUAAAAGUCGUCCACCAAAAGAUUCAGAAAAACCAGGAAAAGGUGCAAAAAAGUGACUGAGAGCGACGUCGGCGGGAUCCUUCAAACGGCCAGUAACCUCCAAGCAACGCGCACAAAAAUCGCUCCACGGACUGAGCGCUAAGAGUACGAUCAGGCCGAGAGAACGCCGAGCUCCAAACCACCGUCUCUGUCUCAGGCCCUGAUGACGGGCGGCAGCCAAAGCGUGUGUGCGGCAAACAUGCUACCACUUUCCAAUGACUCUCAUGUGGCUGCUCGGUCAGGCUCGACGCCAAGUUCACCCGAUACACCAACAGUUUUGUCUCUUUAUCCUGUACAUAAAACGUGAGUGUGGAAAGAAUGUGUUUGGGUGUUUGUGUCAGUGCAUGAAUCUUACGGGAGAGCCUCUGUUCAAAUCAUAUGCAACUACAACCAGGGCAGGUAGCAUCGGUCAAACAGAACAGAUGAAUCGUUUGCCUUUGAAGACCAAACGUCUGUCACGCUUCAUACUUCUGUGAAGUACUUAACGCUCAAACUGUCUCUGGCUCCAGCAAAAUGGAACACACUCAGCUCCCUCCACUUCCAUCGUGUAGUUCUCUCACUGCUAAUCCUUUAUUUCUAUCAGAUUUUCUUGGAAAUGACAAAAUGUAGGUCAACAAGUUUAAACUUUAAAAUUGAUGCUUGACUGCCCCCACAUCCCCUCCUUCGCCCUUCCUCUGGUUGUGCUCUUUUUCUGUGGCGAGUCAGAGGCAGCUCUGUUUUUUUCUUUUAAUUUUAUUUUAUUGUUGCAACUACAAGUGAAUGCAACGCCGUGUCUCCCUUCAGGCAGUGGUUAACAAAAGCCAUAACUGUUUUGUAUGCUCUUAUGCCUAAAUGUGGUCGUCUGGUUAAGUCACGAGAAGAUAAACACUUGUACUGUCUCCACGAAACACUGAGGAUUAAAGCAGCUUAUUGUGCAUCCCUAGAAGUUAUGUUCUCAUUAACAGAAGUACUAACAAAAUGUAAUAUAUAUAUAUAAAUGCAUAGAUUUAUCAAGUUGGUCUCAAUCUCGCUGGUGUAGGAAGAGCUUCAGGUGGUUGAACAUUUCAGUUUAUAUUCAGUUUUGGGAUUUUUUUUCCAUGACGGUUACCAAUUUGUUCUGUGAUGAAAUGUACUCUGAUCAAAUGCUGCUACUGGCACUGGUACUGUAAGACUCUGAUACAGAAUUAUGAUAACAAAAAAACAAGAUGUGCUGGAUUAUUUUUCUAAUUCCUAUCAGCAUACACCAUUAAAUAUUUGUAUGAAUGAAUUUAUGGUCACACAAAGGACUCGACUCUGAUGCCUUAUUCUGAAUUCACAGGAGAAAAAAAACAGCUUUUAUUUUGAAAACAUUACAUUCAUGUCACUUCUUCAGUCUCUAAAGAGAAUCACUGGUGUUUCUGUAUCGCUUUUAUUAAAGGGAAAACUGAACCGUGUUGAGUUGUCGAGCAAAAUGUUCUGAUCGAUGGAAGAAGAGCUGCCAGGAGGUGAUUUCCUCGUUUUUUUUUUAUUAUGAUGCAGCUGUUUGUUAUGUGAUCAGUAACAGGAGACAGGAGAAAAUACUAAUUAAACACCUGAAUUUAAAAAAAAAACAACAAACACAUCAGUGCUUCUUGUGCACUGAUGCAGAAAAUAAUUGUUUUUUUCACUGCUGCAAAUUCACUUAAUUGUAUGAAAACUGAAAAUACUUUGCAGCCAAUUUACAAAUUCCACUUUUCUGCCUCUAGUGGGCGCUGUUGGUAAAGCUAAGAGCUCUGCUUCAGGCUCCUGGAGCCCCAAAAACAACUUGUAGCCUGAGUUUAGUUCUGCUGGGAAUAAAGAAGAGACACUACUGGCAGAAAAUCGUUGUUUUCAUGCUCUGGUUGAUUUUAAUAUUUUGGGUUAUUUGCUUCCAGAACAUGUCUUGUUUCAGACACGUGGAAAAAAAGAGUUACGAUGCACAUCACGUGUUUAUUUUACUGAUUUUUCUCGACCAGAGAGUUAAACAAAUGGGCACAUAUUUAUGAGAUAAAACCUCAUUUGAAUGUUUAAAGGUAAAAAUUUAGAAUCCUUGUGACAAUAAAUAAUUUAAUGAUCUUUACUAGUUGAUAUUUUUUAUUUAUAAAAAGUAGUUUCCAAUAAAACUUUUUUUUUAAAUCAAUUUUUAAUACAUGUCUUUAAAUGGCAUUUUCUCAAAAUAUUUUUUUUCUCCCAUUCUCUGAGCUACAUAUUUGGAUUUAAGCAGCACUUACAUCCACCAAACCUUCCAAUUUUAUUUAAAACUGUAUUCUAGUUGUUCAGAACCUGAUUUCACUCUUAAAAACAUGCUGAAAAUGUUUGUUUUUUUCCCUAGUUGUUAACUGUGAUAUCAUAUUUAUGUGAUGGCUUUGAAAAUCCCAUGUUUAAAAAAAAUAUAUAAAUACUUUUACA